AACGCGAACGAAUUUUAUUGCUUGAGGGAUCCUCGAACGGAUAGGCAUCGGUCUGUGUUAGCAUAUCUCGCUGCUAUCUACGAUGUUCAACUCAGAACUACAGACUAUCCUUCAGAGGAUGCCAGUAGCGACGACGAAACAUUCCUUGGCCGCCCCGAUAUUGUGGUUGAGAAGCUGGAGGACAUACUUGACUUGAACGAAGAUAAGUUUGAUAAGUUUAGGGAAAGGCCACGCCAAUUAGAAACGCGCCCCCCCUCGAAGCCUAGCAAACGC